AUGCCGCGGGGGGCCGCCCGAGGACAGGACCACCCCCAGUUUGCACAUGGGGAAAUUGAAGCCGAGAGCAAGACUGAGCCGACCGCCUCACACCCGCCUGAAAGUCUGACCCUAAGGACCGCUGACCCCGGGCCCCGGCCGGCCAGCAACAUCGACCUAAAGGCUCCAGGGGAGAAAGAGAGCCUUGAGUUUUUUGGGGGCCUCGUCAGGAGGAAGUGGUUGGGCGGUCUUCUGCGCGUCUUGCCCACCGCCCGCAGCGCGCCGGGUCCCCGCGAGCGCCUUCUUUUAACCGCGCUGCAGCUGCAGCAGCGCCGGUUCCGUACCACGUGCCCAGUCACGCCCCCGGCGCGGGACCGCCUCCCACCGCCCCGCCGCCCCGCCCACCAAUCACGCGCCUCUUCCGGAUGCCAGGAGUACCGGGGCGGGGUGCUGGUGGGGGACCUCUGCGAGGACCUGUGUGUGGCGGGGACACUGAGCUACCAGCGCUGUCUGUACUACGAGAGAGGCAAGAAGGUGCUGCAGGCCGACUGGCGUGGCCGGCCCGUCAUCCUCAAGUCCAAGGAGGAGGCCUUCUCCAGCUUCCAGCCGCUCAGCCUGCCGGACGACACGGCCGAGGACGGCGGCCAGGACUUCCCGGAGGCCGAGCUGCUGCUGGUGGUGGCCGGUGAGGUCAGGAACGCCCUGGGCCUGGAGCUGCCCAACGGCAGCCUGGGGCCGCUGUGGCCCCGGAGGCACGGCCGUCGCUGGCUGGGCCAGCUGGCCACCCUGUGGUCCCUGGUCCAGCAGGAGGAGUUCGUCCUGUUCAGCCUGCUGCAGGACCUGAGCCGGCACGCCCCGCCCGUGCUGGGCUCCUGCGGCCACUUCUACGCGGUGGAGUACCUGGCCGCGGGCAGCCCCCGCCACAGGGCCCUCUUCCCCCUGGACGGGGCCGCAGGCGCCCCCCGGGGCGGCCGGGGCCAGGCCAAGGCCAUCAGCGACAUGGCGCUCAGCUUCCUGGACAUGGUGAGCCAUUUCGACGAUGACUUCUCCCACCGCCUCCACCUCUGCGACAUCAAGCCCGAAAACUUUGCCAUCAGGAGUGACUUCACGGUGGUGGCCAUCGACGUGGACAUGGCCUUUUUUGAACCCAAAAUGAGGGAAAUUCUCGAGCAGAAUUGCACGGGGGAUGAGGACUGCAAUUUCUUUGACUGUUUUUCAAAGUGUGAUCUGCGAGCCCACAAGUGUGGAGCGGAAAGAGUCAACAGCAACCUGCAGGUCGUCUGUGACAAGAUAUUCCGCCACUGGUUCUCCUCCAGUCUCAGGACCUCGGCCGUCUCCGUCCCGCUUCAGCUACAAUUGCGGGAUGCGGUCCAGGAAUGCGCAGACCCUCGGGGCACCUCCGGCAGCGCCCCGGGAGCCGCCCCUGACGUGUUCUGGAAGCUUCAGCGCCUCCUUCAAGCCACACAGAGGGAACUGCAGGAGGCAGAGAAGUAG